AUUUAGUAAUGUGCUAGCAAAGUGUGGGGGGAGGUUUUCGUUUAUCUUGGGUCAUUUUUGCCCAUUGGGACUCGUGUAGAAAGCGCGGCGACCAAAAUCGUUCAAAAGAUAAAAGGCGGGCCAGAAAACCUCCCGCCUUACUCGGACAUAUCUCUAUUACUAUUACUUAGAUCUUCCCGGUCAUUUUGGCCUCACUAUUUUCUUGUCCAUUUCGACCUCCGAAAGUCCGAAAGCUAUUUCAAUCCCGAGCUUCUCUUUUCGCUUCUUCCCGCAUCUCUGUGAAUCAGAAGGGGCUUUUAUUCAUACUUGCCAGAUUAGUUCACCAAGACAUUGAUUCUUUUCUUACUGCGGAUAUUUAUGCAAUGGGAUUAUAAACAAUUAGGAAAACCGGUAUUUUUUCGGUGUUUGAAAUAGGGUUUUAGUUUGGUGAUGGACGGGGAUAAAGUUUCCGGAGAGUACAAAAAGAAUAGGGUUGUUCUUGGAGAUGUCACUAAUCAAUUAGGUAAAAGGCCGUUUUCCUCAAUUUCUAAAAAUGUAGGUGUACAAUCUGAAGAGAAGAAUGGGGAAAAUUUCAAUAAGAAAGAAUUGGAGAAUGUUGGAACCAAAGUUGUUCAUGCGGAUGAUGCGGACCGUAGUAAAAGAGUUUGCUUGGUGCCUCCACCGGGUAACGACAGUAGCUCUGCCAAGGAAAAUGCUGUGCUGGGAGUACCUAGUAUUCCCGAUGAAAAUAAAGAACCCCAAUUGUUGGCUUCUGGUCCAGGUAGUUCCAUGAAGGAAAAAGCUGUAUUGGGAGUUCCUAGUAUAUCCAAUGAAAUUAAAGACUCCAAGUUGGAUUCUGGUUUAUGUAGUUCUGAUAUCCGUGCUAUUGUUCAAGAGGUAGAUGACUCAAGAAGUAGUUGCGAAGAUGCUAUCUCUAUGCCCACAUGUAAAUCUGAUGAUGAUUGUGUUGAAGUAAUUUGUGAUAGUGAAAGGGGUAGAGUUGGUUCCCAUAGUGAUGGCACACAUGUUUCGGAGAAUGAAUCUGAUGAUCAUGGUGUUGACAACUUUGUUUCAAGUCAAACUGGCUCUGUAGAUGGUGCUAGAUUUCCAGACUCUCAGGAAUCCAAGACCUUUGGAGUGGAGAGAUGCAGUGGACCAAAGGCUGAUGGUUGCUCUAAUUUGGCAACAAAUAUUGAUUUGAUCAGAUCUUGCGCAUGUUCUUUUUGCACUAAAGGUAUUCCUGAAACACGGCUAAGCCACUAGUGCCAUUAAAACUUCACUGUUACUAACAAGAAUCUGGUAGUCAAUUUCUUGUACUAUAUUAUUAUUGAAAAUUGCUAAUUUUCAUUUGUUUUUGUGUUGAAUCAGCUGGCUAUGUAUGGUUAGACCUCCACUACCAGGAUAUGAAGGGUCGAUUGGGAGGUGAGUAGAUUAAAUAUAUCUGCACUAGCUAUAUUAUGUGCAAUUGUUCCCCAUUUGAUCUAGCUUUUUUUCCUUUUUGUCUAUAACAUGAUGUUAAACUCCCAAAGCAUUAAAGAAAAUUCAAAAAGAUGCAAGCAGUUUGGUUGAACGGAGUUUCAGGGCCAAGGGAACUGAUAUACAUGCUCCAGGAAGCUCCCACCCAUCAACGAAUUUAGAAAAUGAUCUGAUGGUUCAGUGGAGGUCCCUCUUUCUACGCAUGGGGGGGAUAUUUGAACGUGAAGGAAACCAGCUUGUGAGUAGUAUUUCUUUCUUCAGUUAACGGUUUUAAUGAUUUCUCUAAAGAUAUUAAUUUGAAGUUGUUUCUGUCUGUUCUUAAAUCUAAUUAUGCAUACACAUGAAAAGGUAUAACAUUGGGUAUUACUAUCAUCUUUCACCACUGCCUUACUUUUGGCAUCUGUGAUGGAAUCUGCAUUACUUUGAUUCUGACUUAUAUAGCCUGAUAAGUCAAUUUAAUAUACCUGAUGAAUGCGCCAUUGGCUGGCAUUAUGUUGACUCUUUUUAAAGUUUUUAAACUGGGGAAAGGCCACUCUGUGUCUUGCUAUCGGGCUUGUUGAGUAGCAACUUGGCAAUCUUCUGUUGCCUUGGCCUAGCAACUCUGCAUUUAUGAAGCUCAGACCAUCGGCCUGGUGACGGAAUUCAUUCAAUUAGUGCACUUGAUCAUCAUGACAUGUUGAUUAUUUGAGAAUUUUUGUGGUGAUUCUACCUUAGAGUAAUGUUGAAAUACGUAGAAAAUAAAAAAGCUAACCCAGUUCAAGACCAACUGAUGCAAAUAGACAAAUACCAACAUGUACUCAAACACUAAUGUUACUUAACUUUAUCAUUAACAUAUUGCUUGCUGCCACUGAUUUGGGUGUUCAUAUGAUAGAUCAUCUUCAUUUCUUUCCAGAAUAUCUAUAGAGAAUGCUAGGAAAUCCAAGUUAUGGGUCUGCCACUGUUUAGUUUUUCUCAUGCUCUACAUCAUUGGUGUUGCAUUUCAUUUACAUUUGUUUUAGGGUAAUUGGCAUUUUCCUUUUUGCUGCAGGCAUCCAAUUUGCAUUCACUAAAAGAUUUGAGAGAUAGAUGCAAGGCAGAACUUGAAGUGAUUAAUCAGAAAGCUCCAGAGAACCAGUAGAAUAAUAUUCAAGCUUCUCUUGUUUGCAAGGCUCACCACUCUUUGAAAGUGUAUGGUGCUUUGUCUUCAUCCUUUUCCGUUGAUGGCCUUUAGCUCGUUAAUGAUUAUGUUGUUUGCAGCUCUAGUUAUUCCAGUGUAUGUAACAUUUUCUAUUCCUACUGUAUCUUAGCUCCAUAUAUUCUGAAAUCUACACGAUAGCUCUCUGUUGCAUAGGAGCAUGUUCACCUCUUUUAAGAUAAUUGAUAUGGUUGAGCUUCUGUUGUACCUAUCAGUAGAAAGUUUGAAGGAAUGUGUUAGAAAUAGAACUACAGUAUCUUUGGUGGAAAAAAGAUGUUUAACCUGAGUUAGUGGAGUAUGCAAUAGUGACAUUGAUGAAUACAUUUGAAUGUGGGAUUGAUCAAGCUUGUCCUUUCUAGCAGAAUACAUGGAAUAAGUAUUAAAUAGCUCCAUUUGCUGCUGCCUGUAAUUUUCCACAGCUUGCAAACCAUCAGUGACCAAUCUACCGGGUAAGAUAAUUUAGUAACACAAACUAGAAUCACACCCCUAGCCUCCAGGCUGUGACUGGCAGUUUUUAUUAAUAGUCAUUGAUAGUUUUUACACCUAAAUCAAGUACUCCCUCCGUCCCAUAAUUAUUGUCCACUUUGCUCAAAAAAUUUUGUCCUAAAAUUAUUGUCCAAUUUGACUUUUUAGGGAUCAAGUUACACAUUUGUCUUUAGUAAAAAAUAUUAUCCAUAAAAUCUUAGUGGUUAAACAAUUACUUAUGUUGGGGUAUAUCCGGUUGUUUAAGGUAAAAUAUAGUUAAGUUUGACCAAAAAUAAAAUCUUUCAUUUUAGUAAAAUUGGAUAAUAAUUAUGGGACGGAGGGAGUACCGUUUAAUUCGUUGGUAAUAUUUUCUGAUGGUAAGAUAACUUGCGGAAAGAAUUCAAAGCAACAGGACAGACUGCUCCGGCACAUUGGGCGCAUGGUGCUUCACUGCCAUUGCUAAAUCUUUGGUGUCGCGCACCAAAGAUUUCCAUUGAUUCUCAGUGUUGCUGAGUUGCAGAUAACAGAGCUUCAGCCUGAGUUUUCAAAGUAAUUUAGUUGCGGACGAAAUCCAUUUUUUGAAUAAAGUUCUUGACAAAAAACAAUUGUUGAUAUGGCCUAGCUAGCUAUACCUAGUUACUCUCUGCCAAAAGGACGAUAAUAAACUCCUUGGCUGGCAACAGCCCCAAAAGUCCUUAACCUUAAUUUCGAUGACCUCUCAGUCUUCUUCGUCUUCGUCUUCGUCUUUUGCCCUUUUGUACAUCAAGUGGGACCGCGGAGAGGAUGACUUCGAGGUACAUGUAAUCUUGGUGGCUAGAAUGUGAACGCGCAACAUCUUGCUCCUCUGUUCCCAGCUUCAAUAAUUCUCUGGCUGAUUUUUUGCCAUUGGCAAAAUAAUGUGUUGAUAAGAGUGAAAUCAAGCAUUUGUUAACUAAAACCGAAUUGGAUUUCUUUUCCUACAAAUUGCAAGCUCCAGAUUUGAAAAGGGAAAAACCGGAUGAAAAGAAGCAAGAGAGCAUUAAUAGUAUAGUUCACAACAAAAUAUACUAAAACAAUAGCCAGCAACUAAGAGAGAAUGGAAGUCAGUCCAAAAUACGUUUUCUCUAAAGCAUUGCCAAGACGCGAGGCAUUUCAAUCGAAGUACUACAAUGUAAAGUACUUGAGCUUCGUCGCUGACAACACCCAACAAAUUCAUGGAUACCUGAAGUGUUUUGGAGAGAAAGUUGAAUUAUCCGGUGAACGUACGGGGAACAUACACAUGCGGUGACGAUCAUAGGGACGAUCACACGUUGGAGGCUGUAGCUUCGUCGUUGGAUUUUUACUCUUUUUUUUUUUUUAUAUAAUAAUAUGCAUGCGUACUAAAUAAAUUGUAGUCUUACAGAUCUAUGUCACCAUGAUUGUUUGUUUGAUUUGGACAAGUCUUAAGAAUUA